AGAGUUGAUCGGCGGGGACCGGAAGUGUGCGCCGCAGUGACGGAUCCCCCGCGCACCGCCGCCGGAAGUAGCUGCUGCUUGCGGAGGGUUCCGUCGGCGUGGUCAUGGCUGCGAUUCCCCCAGACUCCUGGCAGCCGCCCAACGUUUACUUGGAGACCAGCAUGGGAAUCAUCGUGCUGGAGCUGUACUGGAAGCACGCGCCCAAGACCUGUAAGAACUUCGCCGAGUUGGCCCGGCGUGGCUAUUACAACGGCACCAAAUUCCACAGAAUCAUCAAGGACUUCAUGAUCCAGGGAGGUGACCCAACGGGGACAGGUCGCGGCGGCGCGUCCAUCUACGGCAAGCAGUUUGAGGAUGAGCUUCACCCCGACCUCAAGUUCACGGGUGCUGGCAUCCUUGCGAUGGCCAACGCAGGGCCGGACACCAAUGGCAGCCAGUUCUUCGUGACCCUCGCACCCACCCAGUGGCUGGACGGCAAGCACACCAUCUUCGGCCGUGUGUGCCAGGGCAUUGGCAUGGUGAACCGCGUGGGGAUGGUGGAGACCAACUCCCAGGAUCGCCCCGUGGACGACGUGAAGAUCCUCAAGGCAUACCCCUCGGGGUAGACCUCUGCCUGGGCCGGGGCCCGGGCCUGGGGCUGGGGAUGUGGACACUGUUGAACUUCCCUGGGGGAGCCGGAGCUGGAAGCGCCUCUUCCCAGGAUGCGUCUGUCUCUCCCAGGGUCUGGGUUGAUGGGCUUUGGUGGCGCUCACCGUGGUGACCUGUCCCUAUCCUUCCCGUGGGCUCCAAACUGGGCAGCAGCUCAAGAGGUACAGCCUCGGCCCUUUCCGGAUUUAUAUUCUGGCCACACUCUGGGCUCCAGCAGUGACUGCCCAGGAUUCCAAGCACGCAGCACGCAGGGCCCAGCACCCCUGCACUGCCGCCCCCGCCCUCCCGCCACUGGUGCUUCCACGGAAUGUGAAUGCCACCCGCUCCGUUUCCCCCCAGCCAGAAGACCAACCCUGCUGCUCCGACAUGCAAACUUCCCACGCAGAGCUGCGCUGGAGCUGUGCCAAAUGAAAAACGCAUCCAGCAAUCAAGUCUGUAGGAGUCUUGGGAAUGAUAAUGUGGGACGGUCAGGGUGGGGUUCACCAGAGCACUGAGCCAUCCUUCCCUGGAGGGGGGCAGAGGUCUCCAGAACCCAGGGACAGACUGUGUCCUUUGUCAAAAGCAGCGCCUUAGGAGGAGAGGACAGCCCCGCUCUUUUGAUUAAGACUUUAGAGAAAUUAGAGAGGAAAGUUUUGUACUUUUUAAAAAACCCUUGAUGGGGAGAGGGUAGGGUGAGAGGGGAUGAGUUCUGUCCUUUGUCAUACAUAGGUUCAUCGGAAUAAAACGCCGUCUGUUGAUGGUUGAAAUUA